AGAGAGCAAAGGAGCAAUUGAGACUAGAGGGACUGGGACUGCAACAGCGCAGGCAAAGAGAGACCUACAAUGCAUGGCCUUGGACAUGAUGAUAUGCUGGGACAGUCAGUAGGGAGCACCUGAGUUGGGACAGCCAGGAACAGAAGAGCACAGUGCUGCCUGGGAAGUUUUUGUGUAUUGAACCAGUUUGUAAGUUUAUACUUCAAGGCGAAGAGAAGACUGGGCAAAAACUGGACCUCCUGUCAUCUCCUCUUGGGCCCUGUUCAGUCUACAUCCCCGUGGUGGAAUGGUUUGUGGCCAGGCAGGUUGAUUUGGAAAACAGCAUCUUUUAAUGAAAGACCAGCUUUUGUGGAACUUGCAGGUUUUCCAGCUACCACACCACUUAGCUGGAUCCAGUGUUUGGUGUGAGAAACAGCUGGGGGAAAACAGAAUAUUGCCAUCCAUCUCUAGCCGUCCCAGAGCCCACCCUCAGCUUUGACGCCCCUCCUCUCUGCCUCCUCUUUUGCCCCCUGCACCUUCACCCUCCAUUCACACACACCUCACCCCCCAACAGAGCAGAAAGCGUGAAAAAUCUCACUAAUGGGUUUAUUUGCUGUCAGAUCUGCGCCGAUCUGUCAUUCCCUUGGACCAUUCUGCUUGACACAUUUCAUAGUUGAGUAAGCCUCCUGCAACGCUGUGCUGGCUGAGAGCUCAUCAAGAGGGGAGCAACAGCAGCAGCAGUCAGUCUGACAGUGCCUUGGACAGGGAGUCCCUGAAGCUGCAUUCCACUGAUCUCCUUCUCCCGUUGGGACUUUGUGUUUGUGUGAGCCUUGUGGGCAUCCUCAGCUUCUGUCUAAUCACACAGCUGGUUCUACCCACAGGUUUUUGGUUUUUGUUUGUUUGUUUUACUGGGAUUCUGGUGCUGAUCAAAACAGUGUGAAGAUGUGGUGUGGGGCUGGGCCUCUGGCUGUGGUGGCUGCAGUUUUUUGGACUCAGUGUGUCCUACUAGACGGGGUGGAUGCCAAGAAGGAGAGAAAGAGGCCAAAGGAGGCCACACCACAACACACAGAGACAUACAAUGCUACUCUUUCGAACAGUGAGGAGGUCGGUGGAAGCAUCAAGCUUUCUGACCACCAGAGAGUGGAUCCACUGGGAUCAUGGAUGGACUUUGUCAAAAGACCUGUUGGUAACUUCCCUGGAAAGUGUCGCAAACGCAAACGGCCGCUGCCGGGCCCACCUGGUCCUCCAGGUCCUCCUGGCCCACAGGGACCUCCUGGUUCUCCUGGGGCUGAAGUGACCCAGGAAGUUCUUCUCCGGGAUUUCAAAGAGAUGAUUAAAGAGGCUACAGAGAGGAGAGCAGCAGCACUGGACAGACAAGCCAGCCCCAGCCAGCUGCCUACGGCUCUCCUCACUCUGGAGGGGAUGACCUCCUACCGGCGAAUAGAGGAGGCUUUCCACUGUAAGCUCAAGGGACCUGUGGUGGUGGACAAGAAGACUCUGGUGGAGCUCCAAAACUUUCAGACACCACCUGCUAAAGGAGCUUUCCUCAGAGGGUCAGGAAUGGACCAGUCUACUGGGAGAUUCACAGCUCCCAUCACUGGGAUCUACCAGUUCUCUGCUAAUGUCCACAUUGACCAUAAUGAGGUGAAGAAGAGUAAGAGUCAGCUCAAGGCCAGGGACAAUGUGCGGGUGCUGAUCUGCAUUGAAUCCCUCUGCCACAGAUACACCUCACUGGAGAUGAUUGUUGGAUUAGAGAGUAACAGCAAGAUAUUUACCGUCAGUGUGCAGGGGCUGCUGGAGCUACAGGCUGGGCAGUACACCUCCAUAUUUGUGGACAAUGCAGCUGGCGCUCCCAUUACAAUACAGAAUGGCUCCGAUUUCAUGGGCAUGCUGCUUGGUGUAUAGCCUCACACAUGAACAGGGCAUCAUCUAAGCAUUUUAUUUUAUUUUAUUUUUUCAAUGACCUGCUUAUGAACAUCAUCACACAGUAGCAAACCACAAGGGAGGAUUGAAGGAAGGAAGGAAGGCUGAUAUUGGCUGGACUGCUUAUCAGAUGGUUAAAGGACAAGGUGAAAAAGUCAUGUGCACUGCCACUUCCCUGAGGAACUCGGGUGCCUGUUGCUUCACCAGUGGAGUAACCUAAAAAUAAAGCAGUUAUUGUCUGAUACAGUAUAUUUUUUUAUGUUCCCUGGAUCAAUGUCGGAGGAGCUAAGGAACAUGAAAAUGGCAUUUAUGUGUUUAAUGUAUAUUGACAUGUUGAUUUUUUUGUCUACAUGAUCUCUUGUAUACACAUUCAUGAACUAUGGUUAUUUGUUAUCAUGAGUUAAAUUUCACAUUAUAUAAGUUAUGUGGUGCAUAGACUGUGAGUACACUGGACAAUUGAAAUAUGCUCAAUUGAAAAAAUAUAGACAUAUGAUCUUGAUAGCUCACAUAUGUAAUUACACAUUUUGUAAUAUAACUAUCACUGCAUUGUUAGCUAUGUUAGCAAUGUCAGUGGGUCACUACACCAAAAUAUCUAAACAGCUUUUAGACAGAUUGUCAUGAAAUUUUGUGCAGACAUUGAUUGUUCCCAGGGGAUGUAUCCUUACAGAGUUUGGUGAUCCCCUGACUUUUCAUUUUGACUUGCGGUGACAGUUAUGGUUUAGAUUGCAGAUUGCUAUAAAAUGUUGAAGAGGCAUCAUAACUACUGUUAGUAUGGUAACAUGCUAAACUAAGAUGAUACACAUGGUAACUACACCUGCUAAACAUCAGCAUUUUAGCAUGGCCAUUGUGAGCAUGUUAGCAUGCAGAUGUUUACUAUUACCUCAAAUAACUAUUGUGCCAAAGUACAACCCUUUAGCUGUAGACCCUAAUUGCAUAUUCACAUUAAAAUGGAACAACAGCGCUCUUGCGUUGUAUGAUUGGUCAGUGUAAUAAUUACCACUCCCAGUGGCACCUGAUGGCGUCAGUGGCACCUAAAACCCCUUUUCCAUCAUUACCACUCCCAGUGGCACCUGAUGGCGUCAGUGGCACCUAAAGCCCCUUUUCCAUCACUGGUACUGGCUCACCAUGACUCAACCCUACUCGAGUCCACUUGCUUUUGGUACCAGCUGUUUCAUUUUCCACUGCAGAUAGUCCGCUCCCAUCCCCAAGGUGUAGCUGGUUGUCACAGCAAUGCCUCAUUACACUGCCAUAACAUCAUCAGCAACCGACACAGUAACAAUGGAGGACAAUGAAGGUAUGCUGUUCUUGAUUCUCCGUAUGUGGCUGUUUGUCACAGCAAAGAGAGAUUUUGUUUUGGAAGCAGC